CGCACCUUUUUAUAAUUGCUUUUAUUUUUAGGGAGCUUGUUGGUUGGUUUUUCUAUUUGCAGAUACGCCUGAUGAAAUCCAAUGUAUUAUGGAUAAUGGACUUGUGGGUCUUGUCAUUGAUGUUCUUCAUAAGGGUGAUUAUGACAGCCAAAAGGAAGCCAUCAGGGCUGUUAGAAGUAUCACAUCAGGUGGUACAAUAGAACAGAUUAUGUUUUUGGUUGGAGGUGGUGUAAUCCCACCUGUUUGUAAUCUUCUUGCUUACCAGGAUGCUGAAAUUCUAACUGAAGCUUUGGAAGCCAUAGCUAAUAUUCUAAAUGCUGCUACCAAAUUUGGUGAAACAAAAAAUGUCUGCUUCUGUAUAAAACAAUGUGGAAGCUUAGAUAAGAUUGAAAAUCUACAGCAACACGUGAAUACAGAAGUGCAUAAAUCAGCAGUAACAAUUAUAGAUUACUUUACAGGAGAGUGCUCUUAUUCGUUUUAGGAGAAAACUGAAUAAUAUUUAGAGGCAAGAUUUUAAGAGGAAGAAGAUGAAGAUAUUAAACCAGAAGUAGAUGAAACCAGUGCUUGAGUUUAGUGGCACUGGAUGGAAGAUUUGCAUUUUAAUAAUUAGUUUUCAUAUAAAAAGGUUUUUAAAAUGUGAUUUCAGAUUAGAAUCUAGCCUUUGCCUGAUGUACAGCUUGCUUCAUUCCUCAAAUGACUUGUUUUAUAAAUGAAUCUCUAAUAUGGAGUUGCCAUCUACUGGGCAGAAUUGAAUUUUUUUCUCUUGAAAAUUGUAUGAGCUGACAUUAAAGACUGAAACUAUGUGUUUGAUACUUAUAUUUAUGACUUUGCUUAAAACUUAUAAUUCUGCUUCUAUAUAUAUUUUUUUUAAAUUCUGUUUAUAUUGUGAUUGCAAUUUUAAUAACAUGAAGUUGGUUACUGUAUUGUGAUAUUUAACUCUCUGAGUUUUAGUUCGAAUUCAAAUGUAAAAAUUUUGCCAAUAAUAAAAACUUUAAUUUUUCUCA